UGUCUUGUGCAGAUUCCUUAAGAAGGCGUGAGUGAGCCAUUUAGCAACAAUGGUUGUAAAUUUCAAAGUUUUUAAGAAAUGCUCUCCAAAUGGAAAACUUACAUUAUAUUUGGGGAAAAGGGACUUUGUAGACCAUAUUACUGGCACUGAACCAAUAGAUGGUGUAAUUUUACUUGAUCAGGACUACAUAGAUCAAAGAAAAAUUUUUGGCCAGGUUAUAUGCAGUUUCAGAUAUGGCCGUGAAGAAGAUGAAGUUAUGGGACUUAAUUUCCAAAAGGAUCUUUACCUUGCCUCGGAACAGUUGUAUCCACCUCCAGAAAAAUCAGAACAUGGUCUGACUAAACUCCAGGAACGUCUCUUAAAGAAACUUGGACCAAAUGCAUUUCCAUUUACUUUCACGCUACCACCAAAUUCUCCAGCAUCAGUGACAUUGCAACCCGGAAGAGAGGAUGAAGGUGAACCCUGUGGUGUGAAAUAUUUUGUGAAAGUUUUUUCUGGAGAUUCUGAAACUGACCGAACUCACAGAAGGAGUACAGUAGCACUUGGCAUAAGAAAAGUACAAUAUGCACCCUCAAAACAAGGCCGCCAACCAUGUACUGUUGUGAGGAAAGAUUUUAUGCUUAGUCCUGGUGAGCUUGAACUGGAAGUAACUCUAGACAAACAGGUUUACCACCAUGGAGAAAAAAUUGGUAUCAAUAUUUGUAUUCGAAAUAACAGCAACAAAGUUGUUAAGAAAAUUAAAGCAAUGGUUCAACAAGGUGUUGAUGUUGUACUUUUCCAAAAUGGCCAAUACCGUUCUGCUGUUGCAAGUGUUGAAUCACAAGAAGGUUGUCCUGUAAAUCCUGGAUCCAGUCUCCAGAAAGUAAUCUACCUAAUACCUACAUUAGAGUCUAAUAGAGGAAGACGAGGUGUUGCUAUGGAUGGCACUCUCAAACACGAAGAUGUUACAUUAGCAUCAACAACUCUACUUGCCUCUCCAGAUCAUCGAGAUGCAUUUGGAAUAGUGGUGUCAUAUUCCGUGAAAGUGAAACUUUAUCUUGGUGCUCUUGGAGGUGAACUUGUUGCAGAACUACCGUUAGUUCUUAUGCAUCCUAAGCCAGAAAAGAUGAAAGCUGUACAUGCAGAUAGUCAAGCUGACGUAGAGACAUUUCGACAGGAAACCUUUGAUGGUGACAUGACAAAUGCUGCUAAAUGCUGACGUGAUAUCUCUGAUACUGUCAUGCAAUGCAUUCUACAAAUUUAAGCAAAAAUAAAUAUAAAUAAAUAAAUGAGAUCAUCACAUAUGAUACUGAUAAUUAAGGAUUUGUCCUCAUUAUAACAAAAUCAUUAUUAGACCAAUAGGCCAUCCUGAGCACUCAAAAUUGUCUUUUAAACAGCUGUUUUGAUUUCUUUUACGGUUUUUGAUUGAAGUGAGAAGAAAACUAUAUUAUAUCUGAAAUGUAUUAACGUAAGCAUGAAUCAGUGCAAAUACUAUCAGCAUAAACAAAUACACUGGUCACAAGUUGUGAUGAGGAACAAUUGUAUGGAUGAAAUGUCAAAUGAAAAAUAAGUCUGUGACAAAAUGUGAAGAGAAUGCAGUCACAUACUUAGAGAUGAGCACAGAGAGGGAUAAAAAGAGAUAUAACUAAGAGGGGAAAAAAGAUCAGUACAAAUAAAGGGAUGAGAGAACACAAAAAAGAAAAUGAAGAAUAUGUAAACCAGGAAAUGUGCACACAAACAUCUUUCCUGCCUAUAUUUCACACCACAUUUCUGUCCUUUACUAAUCUUUUUUCAUGUUUGCUCUAUUCUCUGAGGAAUUCACUGCAUUCUCUGCUAUACAGCAUUAGUGGCUAUCAUGCCAUUUUUACAUUGUGAUGCAAUUAUUCAUUAUGUCCAUAUUUUACUUAUAUCCUUCAGUGCAUAUUGCAUUUCUGUUAGCACAAAAUUUAGACUAUUUUUCAGUUACUUUUGUUUUCUUCUUGAAGUUCCUCUUCCUUUAUUUUUCACAAUUUAAUUUAAAAAUGAGCAAUUGUUUCUAAAAGUUUUAGAAACAGUCAUUAGUUUUAUUGGCCUUUUCUAGCCAUUGCAUCCACUGAAAAUGGUACAAUUUCUUUCAUUUAUAUGAUCAUUUAAAAAUUCAUAACCACAGUGCAACUACAUAGCUUGCAGUCUCUAAGCAUCAGGGAAUAUCAAUUUAAUUCUAUGAGCCUUGAAAAAAAAAUCAAUUUCUUAUCUGCUUAAUGUAAGUUGGGGAGGAGGAGUAUAAAAGUGUAAAUUAAAAUUAAAACUUGACUGGAAAAUUGUGUACUUAUAUAACUGGAAUAAAGAAAAACUUUGUUGAAUAAAA